AUGGCUGAGGUCCCUGCCGACCCGGGAGACACAGACCUUGAGCAGAAGAUUCUGGAGGUGCUGAGGGAUGCUGGCUCCCCUGUGAAGACCGCCCAGCUGUUAAAGAAAUGUCAAGUGCCCAAGAAGAAGCUCAACCAGGUUCUCCACAAGAUGAAAGAGGAGUCUAAAGGAGUCAUGCUCGCAGGCCCUGCGACGUGGUGCUUGGGCGACAGCGGGACCAAAGAAGUGGUUCCCGCAGGGCGGGCAGAGAGGCCCCAGCAAGACGCAGUUGCAAUUCCGAAGAAGCCUGGCCCCGAGCUCAGUGGACAGCAGGAAGAGAUCUACCAGUUUUUGGAAACCCACGGGCCCCAUAAAGCCCUGAUGAUCGCCAAGGCCCUGGGGAUGAAGACAGCAAAGGAAGUCAACCCAGACUUGUACGCGAUGAGGGACAAGCACCUCCUGGACUUUGACCAGAAAUCAAAUUCUUGGACAAUUUAUCGAUCGGAAGGCUCUAGAAAUCAGUCCACCCCAGUUAUUUACCAGCAAAAUCCAGUCAACAUGAUCUGUCAGAAGGGACCAAACAGCCACAUUUCCAUCCAGCACUGUGAAGAUAUCCAGAUUGGACACGGGAAUCUCCUAGUGAGACAAAUGGGCUCUGGGGAAAACGGCUCCACGGCUCCCUGCUGCCUCUCUCCAAUGGCUCCUGCUGAUCCCUCAACUCUGGAUUCCCUGGCUGGAUCCUGGGGGCCCCAGGACAUCCGGAUGGAGAAGUCUGUGCUCAGGCGAGUUCAGAUGGGACACGGCAAUGAGAUGAGACUUCACAGCAACCCAGCCAAAGGCUCUGCCCACGGCUCCUGUGACAGUCCCCCAGCCUCUGUCCUGGGUACCAGCCCAGAAGCUUCCAUCGAAAUUCAAAUCCCUGAACCAGGACCUCAGUCUGAAGGGGUCACGUCCCAGAAAGUCCACAUUCGCUCCUGCUUCCUCGAGGACACCACCGUCGGCAACAGCAACAGGAUGAUGGUCCACCCAGGGGCAGCUGAUGUCAAGGGAGUCAAAAAGCAUAGGGAGCCCGGAGGGGACGUAGAGCCUCCCCACCGAGACGCACUGUCCAGAAGCAAGGUCCCUCCUGUUGGCAGUCAGGCCGACCCCGCCAGCACUGAGACGCUCAUCUCAGAAGAGCUGGCAGCUAUGACCCUUGAGAGGCAUGACUCCGAAAGCACAGAAGACACCUGCUGA